GCAACCCCAUCACCCCCUAAAUUGUAAGGACUGACACCGGGGUCUCUCUCAACUCUUAACCAUUACCGAUGCUCUAAUAUAUAUACGCUUCGUUUGCAAUUAGUACCAAAAUCAACCCUAAUCUUAAAAAAAAAAAAAACCCCCAAUUUCGUAAACAGCUCUCUUCAAUCUGCAAUCAGCACUGUUAAUAUUGAACAAAUUAUUCAAUUGAUCGGAAAUAUGUGGGGUCAAUUUUCCGGGAAAGAUGACUUGGAAUCGGGCCGCGAGCCGCUGUACCCGAUGAUGACGGAAAGCCCAGAACUCCGGUGGUCUUUCAUCCGCAAGAUAUAUACGAUCGUCAGUAUUCAGUUGCUUCUAACAAUUGCUGUUUCUGCCCUUGUUGUCACUGUUCACCCCAUUUCACUCUUCUUUUCCACCACCCGUGCUGGAUUGGCGGUUUAUAUUGUCCUCGUCAUCACCCCCUUUAUUGUUUUGUGCCCGCUGUAUUACUAUUACCAGAAGCACCCUGUGAAUUAUAUCCUGCUCGGGAUUUUCACUGUGGCCCUUGCGUUUUCCGUCGGGUUGACUUGUUCGUACACCAGCGGCAAAGUUAUUCUAGAAGCUGCUAUCUUAACUGCCGUCGUUGUAGUCAGUCUCACUCUAUACACUUACUGGGCCGCAAAACGAGGUCAAGAUUUCAAUUUUUUGGGACCGUUUCUUUCCGGGGCUAUAAUGGUACUCUUGGUAUUUGCCCUGAUUCAGAUUUUCUACCCGCUUGGUAAGCUCAGCGUGAUGAUAUACGGAUGCUUGUCCGCUGUAAUAUUCUGCGGAUAUAUCGUUUACGACACUGAUAAUCUGAUUAAACGGUAUGGCUAUGAUGAAUAUAUCUGGGCUGCCGUUGCACUCUAUCUCGAUGUCAUAAACCUCUUUCUGGCACUGUUGAGCAUUUUCAGAGAAUUGGAUACGUAGAGAGUGAGUAUUGGUUCGGUUCGGUUUCGUUUCUAUUACACUCUUUAAAUAUACUUUUUUCUAUUUUACUUUCGAUAUGUUUGGUACAUCAUCCUAGAAAUUUGGUAGCUAUUGAUGUAAAGCACUGCCGCUCGUUUGGUUCAUCGGGUUUCUAUGUACGAUGUUGUGCUAAAUGAGUGACGGUAUGAGAAUUCUUGCUGGUAUUUCUGCGAUUCGGAUGCAAUUUAUGCAGUUUAAUUUGAUAUAUACAGUAACAUACUUUGGUUUGUGUCGACGUGGAUCUGUGUAAAACGCUAUAAAUAUGCAAAGUUACUGGUUA